CAAGGGAGGUAAUCGAUUAAAUUUUUUGAAAAAACAGAAAAAAGGGAAAAAGUGGAACCGUGAAUUGAUGAAGAGACAAAAAGGAUAUUUAUUGAGGUGAUCCCUUUUAUUUAUUUAGUGUGGCAGUCUUUUAUUGUUUUUGAGGGUUGAGAAAAAAACAAAACGUAAGGAAUCAAAACAAGAGCAGUCGAUCGGAAUGAAAGAUUUAAAAGAGUCCACAGAAUGAAAGAUACAACAAGAAAUGGAACAUGUUUAAGAAAACGGAGCCGCUUUAUCAGCUUUCUCUCCUCAUUGAUGUUGGCGAUUAUAUAAUUGAUACAAGAGAACCAUGUGUGGUUUGUUAAAAUGAUGCAGUGGAGUCUGGAUUAAUCGAGGAUUUAAUAAGAUGAUGAUGAUGGGUGCAACAAUAACAGAAAGAAACAGCGAACGAAUGUUGUUGUUUGAUGUGAUUUGUGUUGUUGGCGGACGGUGUUGUAAUUGUACUGCUAUAGCCACGUGAAGUUUUCCUAUCCACCCAGGAACCCAAAACUUUGUCAGUUUCUUCCAUCUGUCGUGUUUGUUAAAUACCAAGCAGCUGAGCCGACUUUCUUUUCCUGUGGCUUGUAACGACUCGUAAUUCUCAGACAAAAACGACUGAAACCAACUCCCUUCAUUGAUUCUGUCUUCUUAUAAAUAAAACAGGCAAAAAUCAUGAACGAGCAAUCAGAAAACUGCCAAGUUUGCUGUAAUGCUUCCUACAAACAAACGAAAAAAUUAUCUCCAGACAUCAACCCUUACAAAUGUGGGAUCUGCUUGAAAGGUUUCCCCAAAUUGUCUUUGUUGGCCAAACAUGUCAAACUGGACAAUUGUCGAGACAACGUGAUUGACUGCAACCUUUGCAAUGAGUCUUUUGAUCAUCCCAGCUUGCCGUUGAGUCAUCCUCCUGCACAGCCGAGUCCUUGUCUCAUGGAAUGCACAAGGCCAAACAAGCCAAAUAAUUGCUGCAAUGUUAUUUUAAACAACCGAAACCCAAAGCAAAGCCCUUGUUGCAAAAAAUCACCUUUGACAAAAAAACAGAACCAGCUUGUAUCCGGAAAUAAUAAUAAUAAUAAUAAUAAUAAUAUGGUGAAUGAAUGUUUUAAAACAUCCACCAUCUCAAGAAGGAACAUGAAUGGAAAUGUCUCUCGCACCAAACCUUUUAAAUGUAAAAUAUGCUUCAAGAGUUUUCCCAAAGCAUCCAUCCUUGCCAACCACACCAAAUCUCACACAAAAGACAAAUCUUUUAAGUGUGAUAUUUACAAUAAAAAUAUUGAAUCCACUAAUUUCACCAGAUAUGAGAAUAAUCAUUCGAGUGGUAAGGUUUUCAGUUGUAACAUUUGUCACAAAGCUUUCUCUCAGUCCAGCAACCUCACAACACACAAACGCGUCCAUUCUGGGGAAAGACCCUUCCAGUGUUACAUUUGUAACAAAGCUUUCACAGAGUCUGGCAAUCUUCGUCGUCACAUGAGAAUUCAUUCUGGUGAGAGACCUUUUAAAUGCGAUAUCUGUGAGAAACCAUUCUCUCAGUUGUCCCACGUAGCAAAACACAGAAGCACACAUUUUAAAAUGAAGCAUUUUAAAACUAAAACACACAAUGGUAAGAACCGCAUGAAAGCUAACAACGGUGCCAAUAAACCGAAUCCACGCCCUGGGCGCCGCCGGCAAGUUUCAUCAAAUGUUAUCAAAAUCUACUCUCCUUCCGGAAAAAUCUGCUACAAGUGUGCAAUCUGUGAAAAAGUGUUCAAAGAAUCGGGGAACUUGACUCGCCAUUUCAGGACUCACACCGGGGAGAGACCCUUCCAUUGCAGUAUUUGCUAUAAAUCAUUCUCGCAAGCAUCACAUGUCCAUAAACACAUGAAAACUCACAGUGUUGACAAACCAUUUUCUUGUGAACUUUGUCCGAAAAGUUUCUCAAAUUUUGACAGCUUAUAUGAACAUGUGAAGAUUCAUUCUGGUUUGGAUGUUGAAGAACAAGCCAAGAUUGAUAUCCUUAGUCCUGCUAAUAUUGAAGAAACUGCUGUAGCAACCGUUAUGGCUUUGGAGGAAUCAAAAGACUCACUUGAAGCAAUCAAACCUAUUCUAUUACAACCAGAAUAUGAUGUAGCAUCUCUCCAGCCCAACCCAACCAGUGGCAUCAUUGAAGAUUCUGCAAACCAGAUCCUAAUACAAGAACCUCUUACUCAGCAGUAUCUUAACAGUAAUUUGCCUCCAGAGUUGGGAUUGCUGCCUGACAUUCCAAGCGUACCGAAAUCCUCGUCUGUUUUUGAAUGUCACAUCUGUCAAAAGACUUUCUCUCAGUAUUGCUUCCUUACUCGACACAGUAAGAUCCAUUUGAAACUGAAACCCUACAAAUGUAAAACGUGUGGCAAGGCUUUCACGGAGUCUGGAAAUCUCUCUCGCCACAUGAGAAUACAUUCUGGAGAGCGUCCGUACAAAUGCAGUGUCUGCAGCAAAGCUUUCUCUCAAGCAACUCAUUUACAGAAACACAUGAACACACACACAACAGACAAGUCCCAUUGUUGUCAUUUUUGUCAGGCAACUUUUAGACUUUCGGCUGAUUUGACAAAACAUUUGAAAAUUCACUGCCAAGAGAAACAGUACCAGUGCCAUAUCUGCAAUAAGGUUUUUACAGAGUCUGGCUCUCUGUCAAGACACAUGCGUAUUCACUCUGGUUCGCGUCCUUAUCAGUGUGAAGUGUGUGACAAAUCAUUUUUCCAGUCUUGCGUCCUCAAUAAACACAAACGGAUCCAUUCGGAAGACAAGCCAUUCAAAUGUGAAAUUUGCAGGAAGGCUUUUACCGAGUCGGGUAACUUGACCCGUCACUACCGUACACACACGGGUGAGAAACCCUAUCGCUGUAAUAUUUGCAACAAACCUUUUUCUCAAGCAUCACACGUCAACAAACACAUGCGCACACAUCCUGAGUCGCAAUACUUUCAACAAGAUUUCACCUGUAGUACUUUGUUGGAAGAGAGUGACCCUUAUUCUAACAUGUCCUUAAUAGAGGAAAUGAUGGCCUCGACAGACACCGGCGCCAAUCAUGAAGGACCUGUUACUCCGGAGAACUUGGCUGCUCAGUACACAGACUUAUCUCGUCAUGUGCGUUUUUAUGCAGACAGCAAGAUGUGCAAGUGCACCAACUGCAACACUUCUUUCACCAUUUCCCAAUACACCGAACAUAUCAACACUUGUCUUGCAAGUGCACCAAAUAUUGUAAAAACUGAUUCUAACACAAAUGAGCUGAAGCCAGAAAACUGUGAUGGUGGGGGCAGUGUCACUGGUGAUGCUGUGCUCAACAUAAAGACAGCUUUAAAUGUUUUGAAAAACCAACAAGAAAACACAACCAAAGAAAACAUUCUGCCAGAAGACUCGAAUUGUAUUCCUGACAUAACAACAAACAAUGGUUGUAAUGAUGAGGCAGGCAGCACACAGCCUCCUCCCGUCACUGUGAAAACUGAAUCUAUGUGAAACAAAGUGUACAGAAUUGAUAAAUAUUUUAAAAUAUAUGUAAA